AUGAAGUCAUCAUUCAUUACCACUAUUGCUGCCAUUUUCAUCGCUUUGCUCUCUUUUGAAGCUUUAACCGUUUCCGCGCGUACAAAAUGUUCAGGAAGCUGUAAAAAUGCAAAGAUAAAAGCCAAUGGUACUCAAAUUAAAACCGGUGAAGAUAAAAGUGGUUUUUGUUCCAAUUUAAUCCAAGGACAAAUUCCUUCCAAUUUGAAAAUGGUCUCCUCUCUUAUCAUUCAUCCUACUGAUGGUGAAGAAAUUCAAGAAAAUAAACGUUUCGUUGUAAACGUUAAAGUUAAACAUUUGAAUACUGGUUUCUUCAGUGAUCCUAACACUGAAUAUUAUACCAUUCCUCAAAAACUUGGUAAAAAUGGUUUCAUUAAUGGUCAUUCUCAUGUUACUAUUCAAAAAUUAGAUGGUGAUGAACCUCCAGAUCCAACAAAAUUUGCUUUCUUCAAAGGAUUGAAUAAUAAAGCAAAAAAUAAUUUAUUAUCAGUUACUGUUGAUGGUGGAUUACCAUGUGGUUCUUACAGAUUAUGUACAAUGUCUUCUUCAUUUACUCAUCAACCAGUUAUCAUGCCAGUUGCUCAACGUGGUUCUCAAGAUGAUUGCAUUCGAUUUAAAGUUGUUAAAAAAUAA